AUGUCCUGGAAGACCAACCGUCGCGGGCGCGCUUUUGAGCGCCUGUCUGUGGCAUACCCCAUCUUCUGGGCUCUUUUCGGUUACUUCGUUGGGUACUUGAAGGAUGGUGCACCGACCGCAGUGCUGUUCACCAUUGUCUUCGGCCCUGUGUUGCUCGUCACUAUCCUGAUCCAUGAGCUCGGGCACGCCUUCGUCGCAAAGAGACUUGGGGCAGACGUUACGGACGUGCUCAUUUGGCCUCUUGGGGGAGCCACUCUGAUGGACCACAAUCUGGGGCCAAAAGCGGACUUCUGGAUCGUGGUGGCAGGCCCACUGACACACAUACCUCAGUUGUGCUUCUGGCUGGCCCAGGCACCGAUUGCAUACCAUAUGGGUGAUUGUGGGCCUGCGCCGCACUUCGUUUUAAGUGACUGUGAAGGCAGUCAUUGGGAACGGCUGUGGUAUGGCAUCACUCUGUUUGGCAUGAUGUUCAACAUCUUGCUUUUCCUCCUCAACCUCUUCCCUGCCUUUCCAUUGGACGGCGGCCGUGCGCUCCUGGAUGUGUACCUUGCAUGCGGCAUGACACCAAGGAGGGCUGCCAGCCUGUGCGUCGCCUUGUCAGUGCCCCUUACGAUGACAGCUGGAAUUCUGUUUGUCAUCUUCUGGGGCGACUGGCUGUCUUUUGUGGUGUUCUUCCUGCUGCUCCUUCCCAAUGGUGCUAUGAUCUACUUGAUCUGGACAGACAGACUCGAGGAACACCCUUCGUUCCGAAACCUGCACAUCACUCGGGAUGACCUGGAUCGCAGCUUGCUAGAAAACUCUGAGGGAUCGGCGACGAGCGCCAGCGAGAUACAGCUUUAG